AUGGCCCGGCCCCUGGGAGCCGAGAUGUGGGGGCCCGAGGCCCCUUUGCUGCUGCUGCUGGCGCUUCUUGCUUUUUUGGGCCGCUGCCCCGCGGGCGAGCUGGAGACGGCGGACGUGGUGACGGCGGUGCUGGGCCAGGACGCCCGGCUGCCCUGCUUCUACCGAGGGGACCCCGACGAGCAGGUGGCGCAGGUGGCCUGGGCGCGGCUGGACGCCGACGAGGGCGCGCGCGAGCUGGCGCUGCUGCACGCCGAGUACGGGCUGCACGUGGGCGCCGCCUACGAGGGUCGCGUGGAGCAGCCGGCGCCCCCACGCAGCCCCCUGGACGGCGCCGUCCUGCUGCGCAACGCGGUGCAGGCGGACGAGGGCGAGUACGAGUGUCGCGUCAGCACCUUCCCCGCGGGCUCCUUCCAGGCGCGCCUGCGGCUGCGAGUGCUGGUGCCGCCCCUGCCCUCCCUGAACCCCGGGCCGGCGCUGGAGGAGGGCCAGGGUCUGACGCUGGCUGCCUCGUGCACGGCCGAAGGCAGCCCGGCGCCCAGCGUGAGCUGGGACACGGCCGUCCGGGGCACGGCGUCCAGCCGGUCCUUCAAGCACUCGCGCUCGGCGGCCGUCACCUCCGAGUUCCGCCUGGUGCCGAGCCGUAGCAUGAACCAGCAGCCACUCACGUGCGUGGUGUCGCACCCAGGGCUGCUGCAAGACCAGCGGAUCACCCACGUCCUCCAGGUGGCCUUCCUGGCAGAGGUGUCCGUGCGGGGCUUGGAGGACCCCAAGCUGUGGCAGGUGGGCCAAGAAGGAGCCUCGCUUAAGUGUCUGACGGAGGGGCAGCCGCCGCCGUCCUACAACUGGAGCCGGCUGGACGGGCCCCUGCCCAGCGGGGUGCGGGCCGAAGGGGCCACCCUGUCCUUCCCGGCACUGACCUCGGAGCACAGCGGCACCUACGUCUGCCACGCCAGCAACACGCUCUCCUCCAGGGACGCCCGCGUGGCCGUGGCCGUGGCCGAGCCGCAGGACGAGCCGGGGAAGCAGGUGGACCUGGUGUCGGCGUCGGUGGUGGUGGUGGGCGUCAUCGCCGCCCUGCUCCUCUGCCUGCUGGUGGUGGUCGUCGUCCUCAUGUCCCGCUACCACCGCCGCAAGGCCCAGCAGAUGACCCAGAAGUUUGAGGAGGAGCUGACCCUGACGCGGGAGAACUCCAUCCGGAGGCUGCACUCCCACCACUCGGACCCCCGGAGCCAGCCGGAGGAGAGUGUAGGGCUGAGAGCCGAGGGCCACCCCGAUAGUCUCAAGGACAACAGUAGCUGCUCCGUGAUGAGCGACGAGCCGGAGGGCCGAAGCUACUCGACGCUGACCACGGUGAGGGAGAUCGAGACGCAGACGGAGCUGCUGGCGCCCGGCUCCAGCCGGCCCGAGGACGAGGACGCGCAGGACGAGAGCAUCAAGCAGGCCAUGAGUCACUUUGUGCCGGAGAACGGGACGCUGCGGGCCAAGCCCACGGGCAACGGCAUCUACAUCAACGGGCGCGGGCACCUGGUCUGACCCGCCGCCCGCUGCUCUGGGACGCCCUCUCGCCAGGCCGCUGGCCCCGCCGGACCAUGGGCGGGUUCCCCUGGCCAAGCCCCCGUGUGUGUGUGUGUGUGUGUGUGCGCAUGUGUGUCCAUGCGUGUCCAUGCGUGUGUUGCGUGCGCGUGUGUGUGUCAGUGGCCUGCUUGGCAGCUAUCUCCUGAGCCCAGAGCAGUAUUAAGGACACAGGCUGGGCGAGGCCGGGCCACUGGCUGGAUCCGGGUGUGCAGGCAUAGCUGGGCGUC